CAUAAUUCAACGAGCCAUAACCUCUCUGAACAAGCCUGACUACAAGCAUGUUAUCCCCCUGUUUUCUCCUUUGAACGAACCUCGAGUGGGAAUAAUUGGACUCGAUGCAACACAAAAGUGGUAUCUUAAAUCAUAUGAGGUGAUUCGAAAUAUCACGAACAAGGGUCCUUGGAAUCCGUGGUUAAUAUAUAGCGAAGGUUUAGCCGGUUUAUCGGCUUGGAGAGGUUUUAUGAAAGGCUAUGAAGAGGUGGCACUUGACGUGCACGAAUACCUGAUAUUCGAUCCCAACCUCAUGAGGAUGUCGCAAGAAGAUCAAUUCGUGUUUCCAUGUGCAGCAUGGGGUAUAGCCCUUAACAAUAGUCUUCGGGAUUUUGGAUUGACGUUCGCUGGUGAAUGGUCCGCAACCACCGAUGAUUGCGCUUUAUAUCUUAACGGUGUUGGCGGCAAAGCUGCUUACGAAGGGUCAUGCGCAAAUUCUGAUAUUUCAAACAAUCUUCACAAUGCCGUCACGAAAGCGGCCAUCCAAAAAGCAUUGACAAACCUUGUUGAAAAGGAUGAGGUUGGUUGCAAAACCUAUGGAAAGCAAUCAGUCUACGUGGUGAGACAGGAUCAAUUUGAAUCUCCAUCGGCCGAAGAACUGAAUGAGAUGGACAUGAGGAUUGAAGAACUGAAAAAAGAAGUUAACGAAUACAAGGAUCGAAACAAGCAACUACAAUCGGGUAAUUAUGGUGUAUUGUUUAUACAUAGUUAUGACGCAUCUGAGUCACCUACUUUAUUUAACGAUGAUCUAGUGUUAAAUGGCUUAAACAAUUCGUUGACCAAUGAGCAAAUUAUGGACAGGCUCGAUGCCUUAGAUAAAGAGAAUGAGGGUUACGAGGAACGGCUGAAAGUGUUGAGAUCGGGUUCUAAACAGAUAUCGGCGGAAGAUAAGAAGCGUAUUGACGAGCUGUAUGAGAAAAAUCGUAAACUUUGGAAGCAGAGAAAGAGAAUGUUCAACGAAGUUUUCAACCAAAUCGUAGAGGCCACCGAAAAAAAGGCCAAAGACUUUAUGGAAGAAUUGGGAAUUGAGAUGGACCCAAUUGACAUUAACGAAGACCCUUUGAAAAAUUUGUGA